CAGUACAUGGUAAUUCUGUCACCUUGUGGCCAUCCCAAUGAUGAAAUCAGAAGCUAAGGAUGGAGAAGAGGAAAGCCUGCAGACAGCAUUCAAAAAGCUGAGAGUUGACACAGCUGGAUCUACUGGUUCUCUCUCUGUGGGUGAAGGGACAAGUCCCAGAGCACUAGUUAGAACAGUGGCAGAUGAAACCAAAUCUAAGACUGUGUGUGCUUCUAAGGAAACCUGGCAUGGGUCUGUGAAGAAACCUUCACGAGGAGUUGUGAGAACGCAGCGUCGCAGGCGUUCCAAGUCUCCAAUUCUUCAUCCUCCAAAGUUUAUCCAUUGCAGCACAAAAUCACAUUCCACGUGCAGCCAGCUUGUGCAGAAGAGCCAGAUUGAUGCCCAGGAUGACAGCAGUGGGUUUGGGAUGCCAGUCCCAAAGGAAGCUUGUGCUCAUGAACGGUGCAGUGUUGCUCCUGAUGUUGGCCAGAAGGAAGCUGAUGUUGAGUCCUUGGGAGCUCCUGUGACACAGUUGGCGUCAGAGAACAGACAGAGCUCUCCAGCUGCCAUUUCUCUAGUAUCCAAAGCAAGCCUAAAGACUACAGAGCUUUCUGACUUCCAAUCCAUGUCCAAGCUGAACACGAAUAAACCGUGUGCUUGUGCAGAUAAAGCCUGUCAGUGUAAACUGUGGCAAGAUAUGGAGGUGUACAAAUUCUCUGGCUUGCAGAACACCCUCCCACUAGCACCUGACAGAACAGUUUCUGAGGAUCACUCCCAGUCUUUGCCAUCAAGAACUCCCUCAAGUUCUCCACGUUCUUGCUCUGAGCAAGCCAGGGCUUUUGUGGAUGAUGUGACUAUUGAAGAUCUUUCAGGGUACAUGGAGUAUUACUUGUAUAUUCCAAAGAAAAUGUCUCACAUGGCAGAAAUGAUGUACACCUGA